CACGGCGGGUAGUUCCGAGCGGGCAAGAUUGCUCCAUCUUGCCCGCUCGGGUGGCCAAUCACAGCGCUCCUCGCUUAACGUAACACUGCGUCAGUUCAGCAUCACUAGGAAUCAUACCGCCCUGGACUCACACAACGCUCACUUGACGCUUUCAUGAAAAAAUACGUAGUACGUGUCUGAGAAUUCAUUUAUUUUUUGCUUUUCUCGAGACGUGAGCUUGGGACGUCGGUGGAUUAAAUGACUCCAAAUCUGGUAUUCGUUUAGCUCGUUAAAAAACGGAAACACUCAUGAUGCUAGUGAACUUACAUUCUCCGUGGACAUGUAGAUAAUGUUACGCACGACUAACGCAUUAUUUCAAUAGUUCAUAGCAAUAAAGAUAUGACUGAUCGUUGCAGUUAUACACACAACUUAAGCAGUCGUGAAAUUAAAGCCUGAAAAAAAUUUAGGCCUAAACGGGAUUCGAAUUCAUCACCUCUGCGAUACCGGUGGAGUGCGCUACCAACCGAGCUAUCAAGCCAACUGUGCUGGUCAUAUUGUGAGGAAUACAAAUGAAUAUACCUGGCAUAGUCAAUCGAAUCCAAUCGAACUGUAUUUCAAUCAAACUCAAUCGACCUAAAUCGAACUUAAUCCAUGGAUUGAGAUCGAUUGAGUUCGGUAAUCAACCCAAUUCGAACUCACACAAAAGUAGUUGAACAAUCGAACUAAAUCGAACUUUUAAUUUCUGAAGUCUUGAUAUUGGAUUCGUGAGCGUUCUAAAUCGGGUUUUGAAGCCGUUUUGAAGGGCAUUAUUCAGCAGUUUUGUUUCCUUUCAAUUGGUUGCUAGGUGUACCUUGUACGUGCUGGUAGAUUGGCCUAAAUAUAAUAAAUAGCAAACGUUACGUUGACUGUGAAACUUGCAUAACACAUUGGUAUAAAUAACGACGGUACUGGGAACCAUGCAUUUCGACAUAGCCAUUGACCUGAUUAAAACAACUUUUAAGAAAGUGGACUAAAUGGAUAAAGCACCGUACAUUUUGCUCAUUGUAACCGGGUAUACUUUCUUGGUGGGCUCAGUGGAGACCAAGUCACAAAGUGCUUGCUUCAGCUCACUUUUCAUAUAUGAAAGAGAAUGUGGUGGAGGCCAUCUUUUUAAGAUUCACACAGGCAGACGUAACAUUUCUUCGGCUGUGAAGCGCCAAUUUGACGUAUCAGUAACUGGAACAAGCACCACAGACAAAAGGACUAGAUUUACAGUUGUGGACGUCGACGCUAGUACAAACAGGAAGUGCAUUCAAUUCAUCGAUAAACGCGGUACUACCUAUGCAUUGAAGGUCAUCAAUGGUACGAACCUUCCGCGAUUCGAGCAAUACGAUGGAUGUAAAAAUUCAACUAGUAAUGAUUUCCUGUUUGAAGAAACCGAAACCGGCCUCGUCGAAGGAAUGAAAACAUUCACAUAUGAACAUAAACGCAGUGGUGUCAGUGGCAAGAUGUGUCUUGGUGUUAUUGGAGGCUGUGAUAAAAAAUUGUAUCUGUUAAGUCCAGGUGGUCCUAAUGACAGGCGCUGUCUAUUUUGGAAAAUAAUCGUGUAA